ACAUCAAAAUCACAGCAUACUAAUAUAACACAGAUUAAGGUAUUUAUAGCAACAUGCUAAUCCACUUCCACUUCCCUCUCAUAUGUGUAGCUCAAAUCUGUCAUCACUUGUGUAUAAUCAUUCUUCUGGACUUGUAUGUAAUUUCUGCCUCUAAUGUGAGUCUCAGCCUCCUGCCCUGUCAUUACACAGUGUAUAAAUGCCAGUUUCUUACUGAGGGAGCUCUGACUCAGCCUCUCUGGAUGCACCCCUUGAAAUACGAAUCUCACCCUCCCUGCCACAUGUAGUCUCCCACCCCUCUGUGGAAUAUAGACCCCCUAUUUAUAGACCUGGCAAGCCAUGUAACCCUGGGCUGGGCAAAAACUUUCAUUUAAACAGCCAGUGCUUAGCAAUCCAACACGAGCACACGAACACACACGCAUACACACACGUACAGAAAGGACUCAUAGGAGGGAAUGGGUGUGUGUUUAUGCGAGUGAGAAAGAGUGGGAGACAAAAUCCAAGAAGAAAAAGAAGACAGAAACUGUGAGGGACUGCGUGACAUACCGAGCCACCUCUGUGAGGGGAUUCACGGCAGCAGCGAGGAGCCUGAACUGAAGAAAUUACAAGAACGUAUUCUUGGAGUUAUGGGACGUGAUUGACAACACAAUAAUCUGCUCCACCUGUUCUGCACCGCGGGCUAUUGUUGGAAGACAAACAACCGACAACCGACAAAAGAAAAUCCUAAUCGGACAAACCUUCCAAAGAGUGACCCACUGGAAGAAAGAAGAAGACAUUUUCGAGGAAAUACGUUGCAGCUUUGAGUUAGACUGGAAUCACAGGAUUGGUAAUAAAAAACAGAACCCUGCAUUAUUUUAUUUAUACGGUCAGUAGCUCAGUAAAGGCAAACAAUUGUCUAUAAUCCGUUUAAUGCCAAGGUGUAAGUCAAUGUUCUUUACUUAAACAAACGUCUGUCCAAACGUCUGUACAACACUGUUUAAAUGUUACGUAAACACAGUGCUGUAAUUACAAACCAAGCUCGGUGAAAAAUUUACAGACAUUUGUAAUUAAGGACCAUCUAUAAAAGGCAACCAAGGAAAGGGUGAGGUCGGCAGGGAGGGGAGAGUAGGCCGCAACACACCGACAGAGAACAGAAGAAGUGAAGGAGUUCACUGAGAAAACAGCUGCUCCUGGGGGAGAAGGCAGAACAUGGAUCCUCAUGGAGGACACUACCUCAACAAAGACGCUGUGCUGUCACCUUUGGGUGCAGUGCGAAUAAGUCAGCUGCUGCUUGGUUGCACUAUAAUGGCCCUCGUGUCGCACAGCGCAGGCUACAGCGCCACCUAUGGACACUUCUGCAUGUUCGUCUGGUGCUUCUGCUUCGCUGUGACGCUGGUCGUGUUCACCUUGGACAUCACGCGGCUCCACACGUGCAUGCCCAUAUCCUGGGACAACUUCACCGUGGCCUUUGCCAUGUUGGCGACGCUCAUGUACAUCACUGCCUCCGUGGUCUACCCUGUCUACUUCCUGGAUAGCGAGUGCUCCGGUGACAGCUGCGAGGUCCAAAUCUACCGCAUCGCUGUCACAGUCUGCUCCAGUAUCUGUUGUUUCCCAUACGGAGCAGAGGUCUUCUUAACCCGAGCCAAACCUGGAGCCGUGGUGGGCUACAUGGCCACCGUGUCUGGUCUGCUCAAGGUGGUGCAGGCUUUUGUGGCCUGCAUCAUCUUCGGUGCACUGGCUGUUGACACUGACUACAACAAAUACAUAGCCACCCAGUACUGCGUAGUAGUGUUCAGCCUGUGCUUCUCCGUGACCGUGAUUGUCAUCGUACUGACAGUUUCUGGAAGAACCUCAUCCCUGCGCUUUCCCUUCGACCGUUUUGUAGUCGUCUACACCUUCCUGGCUGUGAUCCUCUACCUCAGCACUGCACUGGUCUGGCCCAUCUUCAGCUUUGACAAGAAAUAUGGCACCACGUCUCGUCCUUACUACUGCCCACGUGGAGACUGUCCCUGGGACAGCAAGCUGGUGGUGGCGGUCUUCACCUGUGUCAACGUAGUCCUUUAUUUCAUUGAUCUGGUUUACUCUCAGAGGAUCCGCUUUGUCACUAACGCCCGGGUGUAAAACAAUUACUCACCAAGAGUUUUUUGAACCAGUGAAAAACAGUCGAACACGAUGGACUACAUUGAAUCUUGAGUGAAUUUAUGUUUUUGUAACAGAAGUCAAUGUUUUUUUGUUUUACCAUUGUAACAUUAGGCUUCAGUGCUAGACUGUUACCCAUGAUGCAGUACGUGCUCAGAAUUUGAAUUCCUUACCAAUUUUGCAGUGAUCUACCAGGAAGAACAUAUCGGCACUUUAAAGUUAACGUCAGACAAGAAGGACUUUGGAAUCAUGUCCAAACCUCAGCUUUAAAACUUUCUCUAACUUCCUCUGGAGAGAUUAUUAUGAAGAGUUAGGUUUUAGAACAGUUCCAUGGAGGCCAUAUGGUGGAAGAGUGGUUAGUGCUUUUGCCUACAGCAAGAAGAUUAUCAGUUCAAUCCUGCAUGGUACUUUCUGGUCUUUUUGGUAUGUAUGUUCUCCACUCACUGUGGUUUUCUCCUACAGUCCAAAAACAUUCAACAGUUCAGUCUAAACUGGCUAUAGAUAUAGGUGGGAGUGUGUGGUUUGUUACGUGGUUCUUUGAUAGACUGGCUUACUAUCCACAGUGUAAGGCUGGAGCCAACCCCAUGGAGCCCUGCUCCCACUCCCUGAAAAGGAUUAAGCAGCAGAAGACAAAAAAUACAUUUCCAAGUAUUUAAACUAUUUAUAAUUGUUUUAAAGUCUAUAACGUCUUUUGGAGAAGCCCAUUUGGGAGCAGUCUUCAGUAGGCACUGAAGACUGCUCCCUUCUUGGUUCCAGACCCAUCGUUUCAAUCGUGCAGUUAGCAUAUUUUGUCACAGCUGCUGCCCACACCCAGGAGUAAAGUUAGCUCCGAGGAGAUGGCAUGUGGAGGAGACGAGUUUGUUUGUCAGGGAGCAGAGACGUCACCAAGAUGCUUUUCAUGAAAUAUUGCCUUGCUAAACCCCAAAGAAUUCACGUACACGACAACAACCUCUAACACUGUGUCUUUGGCACACUGUGAUAGCAAACCCUCACUCAGAGGACAAGAGCCUGUGGACUUUAUUAAACAGUCAAACUAUAACUAUCUCAUCUGUUACGCUGGCUAACACCAGGUCAACAACGUGCAACAAAUGUUCCUUUUGUUUCUGAUCCUGCAGUUGUCAGUCUUUCCAUAUAUGUUAUUUUGGAAAAUACAAGAAAAUGAUUUGUCUGUUAAACAGAAGGAUUUUGACUUUUGCUAGUCACCGAAACGUUUUGCUUUUGUGGUUAGGGUUAGGAAUUUUAAUUUUACUUUUGAAGUGAUACUUAAUGAAAGCACGGUUGACUUUGUGCAAACAAGGAAUACAUAUUUGCCCUCCUUCUUUUAGUGUAUUAUGCUAACUUAGCCCCUAGGUACAGGAACAUAUAUAUUUUUUAAUUGUAAUUGGCCAUGUCAUGCUUUUAUUACGGGUAAAUAUCCAAAGGUUAUAAUUGCAUAUUCCCCACAGAAAAUAAAAAUAAAUAUAUAUAUACAUGCCUUUGUUUAUACAUAUGAUGAGGAUCAUUUUGUUGUAGUGUAAAAUUCAAAAGUACUGCUACAUAUAACUACUAAAGAUACCAAUGAGUGUCAUUUUGUAAAAAAAAACAAACAACAAAAACGACCUAGUCUAGGUAUAGGUACAUAUGAGAUGAAUUAGGUUUGUGUAGUUUCCAAAGAUUCUGGGCACUAAGUCCCUGUUUUUAGUCAUGACCUGGUCAUUAUUGCUGUCUUUGAAUAUUAAAGGUAUCAGACAGAAGUUUACUGGAGAUUUUGUUUUGAAGUUUGUUUUUUGUGUUAUAUUUUUGUUCAUUAUGUGAUCAAUAAAACCCUUAU